CAUGUCAAACAGCUGUCGCAAAAUGAGCUGCCAUUGUUGUUGUUUACAUUUGUAUUGCUUUGAUAAUAUUUUUAUGUAAUUGACAUGAUAAUAUUCACCGUUUAAUAAUUUUUAAAAAUCGCAGUUCGCACAGGUUUCAUGUGUAUAUAUAGCAUCAACACAUUGACAGUUGAUGAUAUAAUCUUAUCUUUAUGUCAAGUUCGUUGUCGAACAGACUUUGAAGCCUAUUAACGCUGGAAAUAAAUUGGAAACAUCUACGUUGAUAAAUCCGACUAAUGACAAGCAAAAAAAAAAACUUUAUUUAAGUGUAAAUUUGUUGAGAUAUAAAAAAAUCCAAGUCAUCACUUAAUCUGGCCUUGUAUUAUACUCGAAAUUUAUUUUUUUCUGGAUAAUUUUCAUCAUAGUAAUCAAGAAAACUUAGCAGGAUGAACGUGGCAAUUCCUAUAGGACUGGUGUUUCUAGGAUGUUGUUCCAAUGUCAUAUUUUUAGAGCUAUUAGUAAAAGAGGAUCCAGGAAGUGGUAAUCUUAUCACAUUUUCACAAUUUCUUUUAAUAUCAUUAGAAGGAUUUAUUUUUACCUCAAAAUUUGGUACUGUUAAGCCAAGAAUUGGAUUUAAAGAUUACAUGAUUUUGGUAUCAAUGUUUUUUCUAGUUAGUGUUUGUAAUAAUUAUGCAUUUGAUUUUAAUAUACCAAUGCCACUUCACAUGAUAUUCAGAGCGGGAUCGUUGAUAGCAAAUAUGAUAAUGGGAAUAAUUAUAUUACGUAAAAAUUAUCCUUUGAGUAAAUAUAUUUCAGUAUUGAUGAUAACAUUUGGUAUAAUCAUUUGCACAAUAAUAAGUAGUCAAGAAAUUAAAUCAACACAAAAAAUUGAUAUUAAUUCAACACCACCAAGUCAAAUUGAAAAUUUAUUUUGGUGGAUUUUUGGUAUAACAUUGUUGACAAUUGCUCUAUUUAUUUCGGCAAGAAUGGGACUUUAUCAAGAAGUACUUUAUCAACGUUUUGGUAAACAUCCUAAAGAAGCUUUAUACUACACUCAUUUAUUGCCUUUACCAUUUUUUUUACUAUUGGCACCAAAUAUUUAUGAUCACACUGUAUUGGCUAUAAACUCUGAACCAAUGAGUCUUCUUGGAUUUGAAUUUCCAAAAACAAUGGUAUACUUGCUGGGAAAUGUUUUGACACAAUACAUGUGCAUAAGUUCAGUGUUUGUAUUAACUACUGAGUGUUCAUCAUUAACAGUCACUCUGGUCGUAACAUUACGUAAAUUUAUAUCGUUAAUAUUUUCUAUAAUAUAUUUUCAAAAUUCAUUUAGUAUUUAUCACUGGAUCGGUACAGUUUUAGUAUUUGUUGGUACAAUGAUAUUUACAGAAAUUAUUACUAAAAUAUAUAAUCAAUUUGGUAAUAAAACAAAGGAACAAAAAAAAGUUAAAUAGUUAAAAUGUUGUUAGAAAUUUACAAAUAGAAAAAUAAAAUUAAGGUGAUGAUUGUGCCAAAUAGUUGUGUAUAUAAAUAUAUAUAUAUCUUGUUUGUAUAUAUUUGUAUUUAUAAUGGGAAUGAUCUCUCUUAUUUUUGUUCAUCAUAAUUAAAAAAUCAAGUAAUAAUUUCUGUAAAAUUAUCUCAAAUUUAUUGGCAAUAAUUAUUAUAAAGAUAAAAUAUUUUUGGUCAAUUAUUCACAAUCGAGUUUUGAAAAAUUGUUUAAAUAGUUUUUAAAGAUGAUGAUAAUUGUUAAAGCUUAAAACUUUUUAUAAUAUUUAUCAACAGAAAAAAAAAACCAUAAUACACUCAUUUGUAUAAAGUUAUUUUAAUUAAAUUUAUAAUGGCUAUACAAAUUAUUUGAAAUUAUUAAUAAAUUUAGUAUUCAAUUAACAAAUACAAUAUAUGAAAAAAUACAAAUGCAAUAAAAAAACAGUUCAAUAUGUUACAUUAAAAAAAAAUUUUUUUUUUUUGUUUUCAAGUCUAGAUAAA